AAAUCACUACGUACUUCAUCAAGGUUGUUCAACGGAGGAAAUCCACUCAACAACAUUACAUUAAAUUCAGAGUUACGUUGGUUUUUUUUUUACCGCAAGGAGUUAUCAUAUUUGCAGUCGGUUUCGGGUUCCACGGGUUAGUGAUCUAUUUUGCAUAAAAAAUGAACAGAAUGUGGAAAUUUUUGAAGCAAAUAGGACUUUUCUAUAUUUUAUUAGAAAUUGUUAGUUGCGAUGAACACAAGACCGGGAAUUUGAGCGCCCAUUUUGUACGAAUACCUCGUCAAAUUGAUAGAAGGAGCUGCAUAUUACCACGGCAUCCAAAAUUUGGACGAUGGGCCACUUAUGGAACAAACUCUUCAUUGUCCCCUGGUGAUGUUGUACAUUUGGGUACAAUCCUAGAAGUGAGCUGUAAUGAUAACUAUAAAUUGGAUGGUGAUGAAACCGUUGCUUGUAUUCGUGGGGAGUGGAAACCCCAAAUCGGAGAAUGUUUGCGUACUUGUCCCUCCAUACACAACACAGCGGUUAUGACAGUGACCUGUAUCUAUGACCAGAAAACUUUAAAAUCGUGUACAGACGUUUUGGAUGGUACGAGAGCAAGAUUUGAGUGUGCUCGAUUUUAUGAAACCCAAGGACUGAAUAAGUUUCCGGUGCGAGUAUGCUCCAAUGGGCAAUGGAGUGGUGGCUUGCCAGAUUGUGUACCAGUGUGCGGUAGAAAAGCCAUCACAAAAGAUCCCACGCUGAUUGUUGGAGGUUCUAAUACAACAUCUCUAGAGUAUCCCUGGCAAGUGGCUUUGUAUGUAAAAAAUACCAAAAGUUUAAUCUGUGCAGGAACAUUAAUAAAUCAAAAGUCAAUCGUAACAGCGGCCCACUGUAUAACAGAUAUAUACGGUCAACUGCAGUCAAAAGAACUCUAUGUUGUAGGAGUUGGAAAAACUUAUCGAGAUUACGACGAUACAAGAGACACCAAAAGCCAAUUUUCUUCUAUACAAGAUAUGUACAUCCCUAGACAAUACAGAGGCGACCUUCGACGUUACUUUGGCGACAUUGCAGUCCUAAUCACAACUAAAACCUUCACUCUUUCCACAAAUGUUCAACCGAUUUGUAUCGUUUGGGAGAAAGAUUUUCAUCAAUCACUUGAAAAUCCAGCCCGAGUCAAAAAUGCUUACGUAAGCGGCUGGGGAUUCACUGCUGCAAACAAAGAUCCUUCAGAUGUUCUUAAAACACUGGAGGUUCCUCUGAUAACUUACAGCGAAUGUGAAGAAAAAUUAGGUCAAGAUGAUGUGCAGUAUCUGGCCGAUGACAAACUAUGUGCUGGUUUUUUGGACUCUGGUAUGUCUGUAUGUAAAGGUGAUAGUGGUGGGGGCCUAGUUUCCAAAUAUGAUGACAGAUACUACAUUAUAGCAGUUGUGAGUCUUGCUCCACAAGCACCCUCUACUGAAGGUGGAUGCAAUAGUCAACAGUAUGGUUUAUAUACUAGUUUUUCUUACUAUCUUGAGGACUUCAUAAUCGACAUAGAAGCUAGAUUCAGACCCUACGACCAUGUACACUGCCCCGAUAAUAACUGUCUCAUUCCUUCCACACAAGUGCCGACAACUUCUGUAACAGUAACUCUUAAAGGUUGUACGUUACCUGAUCAUCCUGACGAUGGCAGCUGGUCUGUUUAUGGAUCAUCUUCAAACCAGCUUCUACCUGGAAUGCUAGUUGCAUCAGGAAGUGUUCUAAAAAUGGAAUGUGGGAGAAAUUAUAUUUUCAAAGGGGAUACGUAUUUGUUUUGUGAUAAUGGUUACUGGUCAUCUAAUAUUGGACACUGUUUACCUGCUCAAAAUUUAUCGUUGGCAUCUCCUCCCGCUGGAAUCGAAUGUGGCAUUUCAGCUUUAGACGAAUCUUUAAACGUAAAAGGAAAUCCAGCUUUAAUUAAGUACCCAUGGUUAGUCGGAAUAUACUUUGUAACUGGUCUAAAUUUAGACUACAGAUGUGCUGGAUCCUUGAUAUCUGAUAAACACGUAAUAACCGUUGCCCAUUGCACGGUUUCAAAAAGUCGGCCGAUCUCUCCUAGAAACAUUGUACUCAAAUUGGGCCAACAUACUCCCGAAGUGUUUGGGGGAGAUGGUGUAAUAAUGAUUCAUGCAGAGGGAGUGAUCCUCCACCCUGAGUUUACAACCAAAAGUACUGAAGCUGAUAUAGCUCUCAUCACAUUGUCUCAAAAGGUACAGUUUUCGGAUUAUGUUCGACCUGUAUGUAUGUGGCUAGAUUCUGACAAUAUCGACGACAUUAUUGGAAAUGGUACAGUAGUUUCUUGGAGUGAGGCGACUACUAAACCCAGGGAAAUUCCGAUGCCUGUAGUAAGCCAAGUAACGUGUUUGAGAUCAACAGAGGCCUUCGUGUACAUAACAUCCGCCCGGACAUUUUGUGCUGGUGAAAGGAACAGUUCCAUUGCUUGCCCAUUAGCUGGUGACGGUCUUAUAAUAAGACGCAACGGCCUAUGGACUCUUGCAGGCAUAACAUCAACUUCUCUCUAUGAUGGUGAUAACAAAUCUUGUGAUGCAUCGAAUUAUAUAGUUUUUGUGAAUCUCGGCCAGUUCAAACAAUGGUUGUUAGCAAUUAUUAAUAAGGAAUAA